GAAGAGAGAGAGAGAGAGAGACGCGCCGCUUGCCCGCCUCACCCAGCCCGGACGGGGGCGGGCGGAGAAUGUCAGCUCGAACAACUUCCUACUGGGCUCCCGGCGGCAGGCAGUUAAAAAAAAAAAAGGCGACCUUUUCAACUGCUGCCAACGUCGCCGGCCGAUUCCUGCCCCCUGGCAGCGUGGAGGAAGCGAUGAAUGGCCAGAAAGGGGAGGUGGCUGACGCGCUGCACUCCCCGGGCCGCCGCCGCCGCCUGUCCUGCCUGUGCAUCUCGCUCCACCCCGUCGCUGCCGCCGCGACUGCCGCGGAGGAAAGAGCAGGGAGAGUUUCGAGGACGAGGCACCGGGACGCCGCCGCCCGGGGCAAGGCAGCGGGGCCGAGACGGCUGCGCGAGGAACCUGGACGGCGCUCCUCCUCCCUCCCUCUCUCCGUCCCCCGCCUUUCUCCUCCUUUCUGUUUUGGCGGGCGGGAGUCUCCCUGCCAUGACUGCGCCGAGGGAGCCUGAGCGAACAUGAGCCGCCGCGGCGAGGGCGAAUUCCUGAACGGCCGCCUUUCUCCCCCCGCCGCCGCCGAGACCAUGAGGAGGCUGGCGCUGCUCGCGUUGCCUCUCUUGCUGUGCCUGGGCGAGGUAGCAGUUGCUGCUGAUUGUGUUAAUGAAUGUGGAUCUGUAAAUGUAACCGUAUCAGAAACAGAAAUACAUAUCCAGCCACCUCACAACCAUACAAUAAAUAAUGUAACUUUUGCAAAUGGAACAAGUGCUAGAGUGCAACCAUCGAAUACGACGGUAUCUGGACUUCAACCUGGCACGCAGUACAAAGUGACUUUUGAGAUUUCUGCUGAAAAACCAUGCUGCAAAAUCAUUACAACAAAACCCAGCCCAGUUUUUGACAUCAGCCUUGAAAGCCGCAGUAAUUCAACAGUAACUUUGAAGUGGAACAAUAGCGAUCCAAAUGCUUCCAACUACACUUAUCGGAUACUAAUAGAAGGAACUGAUCCUGCCAAGGAGGAAUAUUCUAAUACCACCAGUGCAGUAAUUGGGGGCCUGGAACCUGGAACAUUGUAUACAUUCACAAUAUUCCCACUCAUUGAUAAUGGUACAAUUGAAGGAGAACCAAAUCAUACAACUAUUUAUACCAGGCCCAAUCCAGUUUUUGGCAUCCAGGUUGAAAACCUCAGUAACACAGGAGUAACUUUAAAGUGGAACAACCCAAAUGAUUCCAACUACACUUAUCGGAUACUAAUAGAAGGAACUGAUCCUGCCAAGGAGGAAUAUUCUAACACCACCAGUGCAGUAAUUGGGGGCCUGGAACCUGGAACAUUGUACACAUUCAGAAUAUACUCACAAAUCGAUAAUGGUACAGUUGAAGGAGAACCAGAUACUACAACUGUUUAUACAAAGCCCAGCCCAGUUUCUGAUAUCAGUCUUGAAAACCGCAGUAGUUCAACAAUAACUUUGAAGUGGAACAAUAGCGAUCCAAAUGCAUCUAACUACACUUAUCGGAUACUAAUAGAAGGAACUGAUCCUCCCAGGAAUAAAACUUUUGACACCACCAGUGCAGUAAUUGGGGACUUGGAACCUGGAACAUUGUAUACAUUCACAAUAUUCCCACAAGUUGAUAAUGGUACAAUUGAAGGAGAACCAAAUGCUACAAGUGUUUAUACAAAGCCCAACCCAGUUUCUGAUAUCAGUCUUGAAAACCGCAGUAGUUCAACAAUAACUUUGAAGUGGAACAAUAGCGAUCCAAAUGCGUCUAACUACACUUAUCGGAUACUAAUAGAAGGAACUGAUCCUCCCAGGAAUAAAACUUUUGACACCACCAGUGCAGUAAUUGGGGACUUGGAACCUGGAACAUUGUAUACAUUCACAAUAUUCCCACAAGUCGAUAAUGGUACAGUUGAAGGAGAACCAAAUGCUACAAGUGUUUAUACAAAACCCAGCCCUGUUUUUGACAUCAGCCUUGAAAACCUCAGUAAUACAGCAGUAACUUUAAAGUGGAACAAUAGCGAUCCAAAUGCUUCCAACUACACUUAUCGGAUACUAAUAGAAGGAACUGAUCCUGCCAAGGAGGAAUAUUCUAACACCACCAGUGCAGUAAUUGGGGGUCUGGAACCGGGAACAUUGUAUACAUUCACAAUAUUCCCACAAGUUGAUAAUGGUACAAUUGAAGGAGAACCAAAUCAUACAACUAUUUAUACCAAGCCCAGUCCUGUCUCUGGCUUCGAUGUGGUUGAUAUUGGCACAGAUACUGUAACCUUAAGAUGGGAAGACAAUGAUGCUGCUGCUUCAGGGUACACUUACAUAGUAUUGUAUCAACAAAAGCAAGAGAAAAUGAAUGUGACAUCACGAUACAAGAACGUUACCAUUCUAGGACUUGUACCAGGCACCCUCUAUUACUUUAGUGUAUUUCCACAAGCAGCAGACAACCUCACUACAGGGGACCCACAAACCACGCACAGGUACACAGCUCCUAGCUCAGUCACCAGCAUCAGAGUUACAGAUGUCAGUAUAACAACGGUCAACUUAACAUGGGAAAAUCUUGAUGCAGCUUCUUCAGAGUACACCUACAGGAUACAGAUUGGUGGUGAAGCUAUUGCGGACAAGAUAUUCACAACUACAAGUGCUGAAAUUUCAGGGCUAACUCCUGGCACCAAUUAUACAUUCAGCAUUUAUUCAGUAGCAGGGUAUAAUCAAACGGAAGGGAGACCAGGCAGCGUAAAUAACUGUACAGAUGCUGCAAGAGUGGAGGUGUUGAACUGCACGCAAGUCGCCAAGCAGCCAGAAUUGAUUCUAAACUGGUCUAAUCCAGAGGGGAGGUUUGCUGGCUUUGGAGUUGACAUCUUAAAUAGUGCUUGGGGCAGUGAAAAUAUAUUGGAAAACCAUACCACAGUAACAGAUUUGAACUACUAUACCAACUACACUGUUAGAAUUGUCACGCAUUCGUGUGGGAAAGAUAGCCAUCCUCAGGAAAAAAUAUGUCCCACAAGUAUUGGUGACCCUCCAUCUCCACUUGCAGCCCCUACCAUCGUGGGAACCAGUCACAACUCCUUGACAGUUCAGUUCAGUAGCUUUAAUGCAAGCCAUGGACCUUUAGUAGCAUAUGCAGUAAUAGUCACAUCAAAAGAUGUAGUCUCUACAGAGGCCUUGAAAUAUACCUAUGAUGAUUUCAUGAAUCAGGGAGCAGAUGCUUAUGUUGCAUAUGUCAAAGAUGAGCAAAAGCGUUCCUCUUCCUCCUCCAACAGUGAGCAGCAUAAUAUUGAAAUAGGAAACGGAUCCAUAACACAUGGUUAUGUCAGUGGACAGUUAAUCCCACUUCAUUCAUACAGGGUAUGUGUUGCUGGUUUUACUCGCAUUGACUAUUUGAAUGAGACCAUCAACGUAAAUGAGAGUUAUGUCUCGCUUUCAAAAAUUUCAGAUCCUGUUGUCUUACCUCAAAAUCCAGAUGUCAUCACAGGAGCUGUUGUCGGAUGCAUUCUGGCUGCUGCCGUUAUUGCUGCAGGAGUUGGUUUUUUCAUCUUCUGGAAAAACAGAAGGAAAGGUGGAAAAAAUAACCAGGUGCCAUUUACCCAAUUAGAAUCAAAGUUAUUUAAAGUGGAAGACUUUGAGUCUCAUUUUAAGAAACAAAAAGCUGACUCAAACUGCGGAUUUGCAGAAGAGUAUGAGGAGCUUAGGCCUGUUGGUACAAAUCAGCCCAGAUUUGCAGCUGAACUACAAGAGAACAAAGCAAAAAAUAGAUAUAACAAUGUCUUGCCAUAUGAUAUUUCUCGUGUCAGACUUCAGAUCCAAAACCAUCCAACCAAUGAUUACAUUAAUGCAAACUUUAUGCCGGGUUACAACUCCAAGAAAGAGUUCAUUGCUGCACAAGGCCCUUUGCCCAAUACGGUGCAAGACUUCUGGCGCAUGAUCUGGGAGAAGAAAAUUUAUACCGUUGUUAUGCUGACUAAAUGUAUUGAACAAGGCAGGACAAAAUGUGAGGAAUAUUGGCCAAAUAAACAAUCCAAAAGCUAUGGAGACAUAACAGUAGCCAUGACUUCAGAAAUUGCCCUUCCAGAGUGGACAAUAAGAGAUUUCUCCAUGGAAAAGAGUGAUUCAUCUGAAAGUCACCCCAUGCGACAGUUCCACUUCACAGCCUGGCCAGAUCACGGUGUCCCAGAAACAACCAACCUCCUCAUUAACUUCAGGCACUUAGUACAGGAAUACAUGAAGCAGAACCCUCCAAGUUCUCCUACCUUAGUGCACUGCAGUGCUGGUGUCGGAAGGACGGGGACAUUCAUUGCAAUUGACCGUUUGAUCCAUCAAAUGGAGAUGGAGAACACUGUUGAUGUGUACGGUGCUGUAUAUGAACUUCGAAUGCAUCGGUCUUUAAUGGUGCAAACAGAGGACCAGUAUGUCUUCCUAAACCAGUGUGUUUUGGACAUUAUCAAAUCCCAGAAAGAUAAGAAAACAGACCUUAUCUAUCAAAACACAAAUGCCAUGGCAAUCUAUGAGAACUUCACACCGUUGCCACAUAUUGGGAAGGCAAAUGGCUACCAUGCAUAACUGCAAGGGAAUGACAAGCCUUCUACUUCUGCCUUUUACAUAAGUGAGGAAAUAUGCACUGUUUUGUAUGUCUUUCUAUACAGAGACUUUUUCCACUUUUUAAAAAAGAAUAACUGAAGGUGUACACAUUUUUUAAAAUGCCAAUAGGAACUGUAGUUUCUACAAUAGUGUUAAAGGGAAAAUACACUGUAUUUUGCAGAAGAAUUUGAAGAAGGUGAAGAAGCAUCACAUGAUUGGUGUAUUAUCAUUGAUUAAAUAACGGGAUCCCUUUUUGAACUUCAGAAAUAAUAAAUGACACAGAUACUUAAAAUCAGGUUUGAGAGUCACUGUUCCAGAGACGUUUGUAUGUACAUUGGCUUUUCGCCAACAGAAACCUACAUGAUCAGUGACUGCUCAAGUUCUUUUUGUUUUAUUUAAAACGGGAACACAAAAAUUAGCAAAUGGGAUAUUUUAUUAUGUACUUGUGCCUUUUUCUAGCUGUUUUGCUAUAGACAAAAUGAUCAGAGUCCUAUAUUUUUGUAUUGAAAUUCUCAGCUGAAAUAUAACAUUUAAAUAAGAGUAAUAUCAGUUCUCAUUUGGAAUAGCUUUGUUGAUUCUUCCUUCAUGGAGGUGGCAACCCUUUCUUUCUAUUUUACUGCAGUCUGCAAAGACUUUUCCAUAGAGGUAACUCACUUGAUCGUGUGAGGACUGGAGCAAUCGUGUGACGCCUUGGCUGCAUAAAACUGUAUUAAACUGUGGAAGGGAGCCUUCUUACGUGGUUUAGCUGAAACUUGUUUAGCUUCAUAUUCAUGCCUGGAAAUUAGUACUUCCCACUUCUAAAAUAUUUUAAUAUCAGUUGUAAGCAUAUUCACGCACUUUCAGUACUUUUCAGAACCCACUUGUCCCUUUGUUCCUGAAACUUCCUUUUCCUUGACCUCACUGUCCAUAGCCCCAUUUUCACUCACUGCCAAUGGAUCUGGUGAGCUGAAGGUGUCAUAUUAAGCACAAGUGAGAAGAAAGGUGGCUGAGGUCAGUGAGGGCAAAGUGAAGGAAAAUGGUGAAGAAAUGAAGUGGCAGCUGCCAGUGGAAUAAAAGGACAUCAAGCACGUAAAAAUAAUAAUCGUGAGUCUUCAAUAUGAGUAUCCCCCCCCCAUUAGUUUUGUGGAAUAUGCUAAUUUCAAAGCAAAUAUUGAACAUAGGAGAUGUUUUGCUUAGCUUUUAAUCAUGUAAAUACAAAGCCCAUCAAUGGGUUGUGGAAGCAGGAAUGUUAAAGUACGCACUGGCUACAUAAACACUUGACAGGGUGGACUGAGCUGCGUGGAGAGGCAGUUGUGUGUCGGCUCCACUAAAUCUGCAUUGCCACACAGGCCCUCAGGUAUCACAACAGUUUCAGGAGAGCAGGGGUGCUGCCUUCAAUGUGUGUAGAUAGGAGGGAGGCAGCUCCUCCUCUGUGUAGUUACAACCCAUCUCACUGGGAACUCAUUGGGUGCCUGCUGUCUAGUUAGCAGUUAAUCCAAAUGUUGCGGUUAUCACUUGAUAGCUUAUCUCCUCAGUUGGUCUUGAGGGAUGGCCUUUAGUGGUGUCAUUCAAGGAAGAGGAGGGCUAUAUCUCAAUCUGAGCUUUAACUUGUUUUCUUUGUGUGUUGGUGUUGUAGUAUGUGUCUUUGUCCGGGGGGGUGGGGGUGGAGGACCCACCCUAUCCAGGUAAAAAAAAAUUAUGUUCUCGUAUGUGAUAAGGAUUCAUUUAAAAGUGCAAUAUUUGAUUUACUGAAUGAACGCUUGCCUCUAUUUCCAUAGAGUUUUACUCAGGUUCAGUAUCUCUUCUUAGUUGUUCUGUGGUUUAAUGUUCUUAAAUGUGUCGUUUGUGGAAGACUGAAGAACUCCUAUGGCAGAGUGAUCCCAGGAAGGUCCAUUGACUUUGCUCUGUUUCUAUAAAAAGUAAAUGGUUUCUAAAGAUCUACUGAUUCUUUCAGCUGCAGAAUAUGUUUUAGCCAGUUAAAACUGAGGUAUAUAUUUUUAAUUUUGUUGUAUCAAAGAUAUAUAAUUGCUCUACCUUUUGGUUUGUUUGUUUGUUUGUAAUAUGCUGCUGUAGUUGUAACGGAUACGAUUAAUGAAAAUCGAAGGGUUCUCCAUUAAAUUAAUUGUGUUGGUACACUGAUGGUGAAAUUAUGAAGGUAUUCUUAAUGAAGGACUUGUGGCGUGGGAAGUGGGAGGGGUUGUGGUUCAUUAUUCUUUUAGUCAAUGCGCUGGCAGCAUUAUCUCUUGAGUGUGUUAUAGAGCUAUAUGUAAAGUAUUGGAGCAUUGUGGGCUCCACUCCUCAACUUUCUUUGGUGCAAAAACCCUUUGAAUUGCAUUGCGCUUGUGCAGAGCAGGCAUUAUGCUUGAGGGAAUUAGGAUGCUGAAGGGUAUACAGUAGGCUGCACUCCAUGGCUCUGGAGUACCGUAUUAAAAUUUUUGCCUGUGUGGCAAAAUCUUUUGGAAACCAAUAACUCAAAAAUGGGGAAAUGGUUGCUAAUACAGUUCUUCUCCUACCCAAGUCUAUGACUGGUGGCUCUUUAUAUCUAUGCCUUAGGUAGAAUGACAUUUGGAUGUUGGUGGUUGGACCAAAUAUAUGCAUAUUUUCAAAAGGUUGAAAGAGGGGCCCCACUAAAAUUUAGAUUAAUCUGUUUCAUACAUGCCACAUUCCAAUGCAGGGGUCUUCUACAUAGUAGAAAUGAAAUCCUGCUUCAUUUUGGGGGUGAGCCAAUAAACCCUUGUUGUUGUCUCUGUAGACCAUUAUCCAGGAAGAGGUUUUGCACAAGAUUUGUCUAAUGUAAUGAGCAAAUGAUCCUAAUCAUGCCAUAAUGGAUGCUAGCAGUCUUUGUGCAUCUUGACAUGAAUGCAGUUAGCAUGCAAAUAAUUGCACUUGUGAACUCUCCUUACGAAAUGGGGUCUCGGACCAAAACUGGCUUAUUGGUUUGUUUGUUUUUUCUUUUUCUUUUUUCUUUUUACAAAGUGCAUGUCUACCGUAGAUGACUGCUGUGUUUGAAAAGUUACCAGAAUGUAUGUCUGUUUCCUGUUAAAAUGCAGGUGAAACUCGGAAAAUUAGAAUAUCGUCGAAAAAUAAUUACAAUUACAACCAAUAAAGGCUCGACAUAUCUUGCUUUGCAUGUCAUGCAUCUAUCUCAUAUAUUGGUUUCACCUUUUCAGUUGCGUUACUGAAAUAAAUGCACUUUUCGACAAUAUUCUAAUUUUCCGAGUUUCACCUGUGAAUGGCAUCCUUUCAAGGCAAUGCAGAUAUUCUUAAGAAUGAUGAGGGGAAUCUGGAUUUGCCCUAUCCUGUGGACAGAAUGGACUGAGAUCCAGUGCAGACUCCCACUGAAGGAAGUGAGGAGUGUUUUUCUACAAAUACCUUUCCCCUGUACUUUUCAGUGACACCUUCCACACCGAUCUGAAAUGUCUCACAAUCCUGCAGUGUAGUUGGGGUGGGGACGCAGAGGAGCUAUAGAAGGACGAGAACCAUCAAAAGUCAUCUUUCCCCUUUCUUCAGCAGAAUAUCCUACAGGUAGAGUUCUGCUAAUCAGGAUCCAGCCCUACAUGGCUAAAAUUUGUACUGGUUGAAAACAUUGGAUCAAUUAAAAGUUGCAGGAUCACAGGCCCAGGGUUCAAAGGUAAUUAAAUUUUACAUAGGCCCCACUCAUUAUGGGGGUGUAGGACUUGGGCAAAGAAAAUGGGAGGGGAGCGUAGGAGCUGCAUGCUCUUUGCCUCGAUCAAAGGUGGUGUUACCCUCCAGAUAUUGCUGAAUUACAGCUCCCAUCAGCCCCUGCCAGGGAUCAUAAGCUGCAGUUCAGCAAUGUCUGAAAGGCAACAGGUUUCCUCACCCCUGGCUUAGAUUCUUUCCCUUACUUCCUUUCAGUUAAUCCCUUGCAGCUCAUUCUCCCUACCUCAUGAAGAUGUUGAUGGAUGCUACUAAAACAAUGUAGCUCCUGCCCAGUGAUAAGUUUAUAGCGGGCAUAGGCAAACUCGGCCCUCCAGAUGUUUUGGGACUACAACUCCCAUCAUCCCUGACCACUGGUCCUGUUAUCUAAGGAUGAUGGGAGUUGUAGUUCCAAAACAUCUGGAGGGCCGAGUUUGCCUAUGCCUGGUUUAUAGGGUUUGGCCAGAGGCAGUCUGGCCUCCAUUACUAGCUGCAAUCAAUGGGGCUGUCAGGGCAGGACUUUAGAGCUCAGGAUGCAGCAGAAUGAGCAGGGAGGCCCCCAAGAGUAGCAGUGUUGAUUGCCGCAUUUUCAGCAUAUUGCCAUCUAAAGAGGGCUAUAAAGUCCAGAGCCUAAAAUUGCCUAACUAUAACUGACUGCACAUCAUUUCCAUAAGCCAUCUGUGUGUGAGGGGUGUGUGCUGUUUUAGUUUAUGCUGUAAGAACGUAGCCCUAAACAUUUGCACUUGAUUACCUGCCUGUAACGGGAACAUAACACAAUGGUCUGUGGAUGUAUUAUGCUAGCCCAUCCUAAGCAUUUGUUUUGCUGACAGGCCUGAUCUUCCUCUUAGUCAGAGGGUAGAAGCUCAUUUGGGGCAGCAGUAAAAGGGCAGCUAACUUGUCAAUUAUUUGGCUUAUUCUUUUUACCACUGUUGGGUUGUUAUUUUUGCAGGUGGGGGUUCAGACACCAAAAUGCCUUGGUCUGUCUCCUUUGCUGGCUGCAGAGAUAGUCCAGCAGGGUACAAAAGUGGCUUGAAUAGGAAUAGUUUCUCACUAGUCUGCUUGUUAUAUAAUUUCCUUUUGAUCUAUGCUUUGAAGUUGUAAAAACACCUCAGAGUGCAAAAUUACGUUGCUUGGAGUGUUCAACUCAUCCUUUUUUUUUUUAGCCUUAAAACUUGGGAGUAAUAACCUAUGGGUCAGGAUUCAAAGGAAGGAGAGAACAGCUCAUGCAGGCAAGAAGCUUGCUUGUUUGCUGCUUUCACCACUGCCAAAGACAGAAGUUGUCAUUAAGUUUAAAAAGCAACUAGUGUCUUGGGCAGUGGAACCUGCUGUAAUGCCCACAUCAAGCAAAAUCCCCCAUGCAUUCCCCUUCUUUGGAUGCUUGCCAAUCUCCCUGAUUUUUAUUUUAUUUUUUAUUUCCAGCGAGGCGUGAUUUUAAAAAGGGAGUAUUCUUUGUGCAUCGGCUGUUGCUGUUAUAAUUGUGUGUUCAAAUGAUGUACAAUGCUCAGUGUUUCAUUCAUUGUACAGAUGUUUGCUGCAUACUGUCCUCAAUUUUAAUUGUCUGAUUGUUUUUUCAAUGACAUAAAAGUAACGAAAUAAAACAUUGACACAAUA